AUGUCAGGUAAAAACUUUCAUGGACUGAAGGAACAGGCUGAAGGUGCAACAAAAGAUGCUGCAAACACGUUGGGACAGGCUACCCAGGAUGCAGUCAACCAGAUUGCAGAUGCAAGCCAGAAAGCUAUUGACAAGGCUGCCAAGACAGUGCAAGAUGGGGUAGAAAAAGCAACUGGACAAGCUUCAGAAGUAAUGGCUGGCCUUGCGAAAAAAUCUGGAUUUAAGAAAUGA